GGGCGCUACUACUCCAGGUCGGAUUUACUUCUCUCCCGUGGAAAGUAUGCAGUUUCUGAGCAGACCAAGAACCUGCUUGUACAGUGUGGCAUCUGGCACACAAGAGGAUGUAAAGCUGGAAGGAACAGAGCAAAGAAUAUCCCCACCAUCAUCAACAAUCGGCCAAUUUUGCUUGAUGAACGCCAGACAUUCCUGAAGACCCAAGCGCGCCAUCGUUACCUGGCCGACGUAAAUUCAAUCAAGGAGGAUGAUCACCCAUUGGCUGCGGUAGGUAAACAAACUGAGUCUCACCGAAUGCCAAACAUUCUCGUCUGCAAUGCACGAUCGAUUUGUAACAAAAAACAUGAACUAGAAGCUACACUCUCUACCUACUCUGCACAGAUAGCCUGUAUCACCGAAUCCUGGGCUAAUGCUGACGUACCUGACGAUGUCCUGUCAAUGCCUGGAUUUCAGCUGUUCCGGAAAGACAGACUAGGUCAGAAGGGUGGAGGUCUCGUCGCAUAUAUCUCAGAUACCAUUCCUGCUCGUAGGCUCCAAGACCUAGAGGACAAGGACUUAGAAGUUGUGUGGAUCGAGGUCCGGCCACGUCGGCUCCCCAGGUCUGUGCCUGUUAUAGUACUCGGUAUUGUUUACCAUCCGCCAUGCAGAAAUAAUAAGGUUGGAAAUGAUCAGAUGCUGUAUCACCUGGUCAACACUAUCGACGCCAUACAUCGUCGCCAACCCCAGGCCGGUAUUCUGCUCUGUGGGGAUGUAAACAGGCUACCCUUACGACGUAUUCAUGCUGCCCACCCAACACUGAAGCAAAUUGUAAAGCAGCCUACCAGGGGCUCAGCUAUUCUCGACGUCGUGAUUACGAACUUGGCCCAGUUCUACGGUGAACCACAGAUCAUUGCACCUAUAGGUAGAAGUGACCACGCCUGUGUCGUGCUUCAGGCCCAGACUCAGGUCGAAAAGCAGGCUCCAGGGAAGCUGUCUCGUAGAAUGGUUUCGCACUCUAACAAAGCAGACUUUGCACUUUCUAUCGCCACAGCUGACUGGUCACGUGUACUCGACGCCGCGUCGGUGGAAGAGAAAGUCUCCGAGUUUUACAGUACCAUCAUGCACCUCGUGGAGCAUCACUUCCCGAUGAAGGUCAGGUCUGUGCGGGCGGACGACAAAAGCUGGAUGACUGAGAGAGUGAAGAGGGCCAUUAAACAGAGACAAGAGGAAUUCCAGCGACACGGAAAGUCGCCUCUGUGGAAACAACUGAGGAACAAGGUUAAAACAGUAGUGCAACAGGCCAAAAACUUUCACUACCGUAACUGUAUCCAACAGCUGAAACAGGAAAAUCCACGCAAGUGGUGGUCAUGUAUUAACCGGGAGCUUGGUCGGUCGCAGAAGUCGGGACGCUCUGCUUUGGACGGGAUUCCUGCGGGACAAGCGGCGGAAACGAUCAGUCAGCAUUUCUCUGAGGCAUGGUGCCAAAGUGUUCCACUUUACAUGUUCCCCCUACCACUAGGUGACCCAGGUCCUGACUUGUGCUCCAUUGGGGAGGUCAAGUGUCUUCUGAAGUCUGUCAAACCCAAGAAGGCAUGCGGGCCCGACAGUUUACCUAACUGGAUUCUUACUGAGUUCGCAGAGGACCUUGCUCCGAUUGUGACCCACCUUUUCAACGCCUCAUACGCAGAGGGUACAGUUCCUGUAGGCUGGAAGUCUGCAAACGUGGUCCCGGUGCCAAAAUUUGCCGGUGCAUGUCAAGCUCGUGACAUGAGACCAGUGUCCCUCCUCUCAGUCUUAGCAAAGCUUCUAGAGAGAUGCAUCUUGAAAAGGCUGCUACCCUCCAUCCAGUCAGUCAUCAAGAACCAGUACGCCUAUGUAAAGGGUUCGUCAACGACCCUGGCUCUUGUUCGCAUGGUGCAAACGUGGCUGACAGCUGUGGACGCAAACAAGCCGACGCUCGUCAGAGCCAUCUUCGCUGACAUGAGUAAGGCGUUCGAUCGCGUGGACCAUGCUCUGCUUCUCCAGCGUGUCAUUGACAUUCACGUCAGCCCUCGUAUGCAGAGAUGGAUUUUCAGCUUCUUACAGAACCGACGGCAGAGAGUGGUUAUGGACCGGGAGAGCAGCUCCUGGCGCACCCUAACCAAAUCUGCUCCGAUUCCACCUAUGAUCACACUUGGAGGCCAACCAGUCCCAUCCGUUGACUGUGCCAAGGGGCUAGGUUUCUACAUGGACAAGAACCUCACCUUCGACGAACAGAUCUCUGCAAUGAUCAGUAAAGCAUCGCGCAGACUAUAUUAUCUGCGUCUGUUGACGAAGCAAGGUACCAGUAUAACGGACCUGAUACAGAUAUACCUGUCACUUGUACGUCCAGUACUUGAGUAUGGCCAUGUGAUACUGGUCGGGUGCAGUAAGGAGCAGGAACUGGCCAUCGAGAGGGUACAGCGCCGGGCCCUGCGCAUCAUCUCCCUUGGAGGUAGACGCAGUGUGCCCGACUUGCCAACACUGAAGGUCAGACGGGAGGAGGCAGCGGUACAGCUGUUUGAACGCAUGCUCAAGGAAGACCACCCCCUACAUGACAUGGUUCCACCCACAAGAACAGGGGCCACGGGACGCACACUUAGAAACUCUAGGACAAUCAGUUUACCAAAAGCCCGUACUAAGAGACUCAGCAAGUCCUUCCUCCAUAGCGCCAUCCGUCUAUACAACAAGAAGGUUACACAGUAG